UCAUCGAUUCGUCUUGCGGUUUCAAAAUUUAAAUAAUUUAUUCAUUACAAUCAUAAAAACUACACACAACGCAGCGAGACAGACCUUUCGUUUCGAUGGCAAUCGUCACUCAGUUAUUAUUUAUACACAUUAGCAAAUCAACAGGUGAAGAAGCUCGCGCGGUCGUCAAAUAAAAUCCGGUUUGAAGUCACACCUUUGAAGACAACAAACUUUGGGGGGGCCGAGGGCCACGAUCCGAACGAUUGAUGAUCAGUCAGUAGAACGAAGUCAUCGCGAUGGGACCGAAGAUGGCGAUUUUGCUAUCGUUGCUGUUGCCGCACUGUUGCGGUUCUACGACAACGCCAACGCCUACUGCGACUUGCGGAAAGGCUGCCGACAACAUCCGCAAACCGUUGAUCGUUAAUGGAACUCCAGCCAACGGGGCCGGGCAAUGGCCAUGGCAUGCUUCGAUUUGGCAUCGCAUCACCCGAUCCACGCAUGUCUACGUCUGCGGAGGAACGCUUCUGAGUGAGCUGUACGUUCUGACGUCAGCCCACUGCGUCAGUAAGGAUGGCAACGCUCUCAACGAACGGUUGAUUACCGUUCAGUUGGGUUCUACCCGUCAGAAUCUACUGCUGAAUGGAUUCCCGGUACAGAACGUAGAUGUGGCGGAAAUUUUCAUACAUCCGGAUUUCGUUCCAAGGACAUUCCACGCGGAUUUGGCACUGCUUGCACUGGCCACCAGGGUCACCGUCAACGAAUUCGUGCGUCCCGUAUGUCUUCCGGCAGCGGACGAAGAGGACGUUCGACAGCUUCAUGGUCGGCAAGCGGUAGCCGUUGGUUUCGGAAUGACCGAAACAGGUCAAAAUUCCGACCGGUUGAGGCAACUGUGGAUGCCGAUUGUGGACUACGUGACCUGCCUGGAGAGCAAUCGGGAGGUAUUUGGGAAAGCACUCUCGGCGGCGAUUCUCUGUGCUGGGAAUAUUAAUGGCAGCACGGUUUGCAACGGCGACAGUGGCGGAGGUCUUUACACCGAGGAAGAAUCGCCCGCUGGACACUGGGUGAUUCGAGGGGUCACCAGUUUUACAGCGCAACGUGGUUGGAACGAUAGUAGCUGUAGUUUGGGGGACUACGCGGCUUUCGUGAAUGUUGCGCACUAUACCGGAUGGAUUCGAUACGUUAUGGAGACGGGUGAACAGGAUGGGUACUUCAACAGGACGACCGAUCAGCAAGGGGACAGUAAGCGCAUGGAACCGAUGCCGACUAAACCGGUUCGGGUUGUCAGAACCAGCGAAAAAUACUGUAAAGUCUAUCGUCGGAAGGGUUCGCUGGUCAGUCAAUGGAUAGGUCCCGGUCAGGUGUAUAUUUACAAAGAUCAAAAGUCUCAAGGAUUGGCGUACUACAUCAAUGAUAACUACGCAAUAACGACGGCCGAACUGGCACUCAGAUGUGUUUACGGGGAACCGGUUUGUGAGACAAUCGACAAAAGACGCUUCAAGCAGGUCUUCGUUCAUCCGGAAUACCGAGGCGGACGAGACUUCAACGUAGCGCUAUUGUUGUGGCCACCUGCCGAUGAACCGCUCUGGUGUUUGGCUAGCGAGAUUUCCGGUCGAAUUUAUUUCGAAGGUAGUCUAUUGAAGCCGAAUCUGAUUUCGGCGGAGGCUGAAAGUUGGACCGAAUUCGAUCUGGAUUUCUAUCUACCGACGAAACGAGGUGGCGUCGUUUACAACGAGCGGCGGGACAUUGUCGGGCUGAUGCACAAUCCACCGGGGGACGAGGUGGUGAUGACCAACAUCGUCGCGGUGCUGGACUGGAUCGAGUCGGUUGCCUGGAACAAGUCCGACGGUUCACCUUCGUGAAUGUAAAUUGGCAAUAUGCAAAUAAAGGUUCUUUUUUCCGCUGCCAGUGUUUUUUGUUGUUGUUGUACUCA